ACCUACUUCCCUCUCACCUAGCACCCGCCCUGGGCCUGAGAGCCACGGUGGGGCCGUGCGUACAGGAGGGAGGGAGGCGCUGUGGGGUCCCGGGCAGAGCUGCCGAGAGCCCCGGCCCCGCAUCUGACUCGCGCUCUCUCGGCGGUACUCCGGGCCGGGGUCCCUAGGCUGGCGCGCAGGGCGGGGAGCGGCUGCGGGCGGCAGGACAGGCGGGGCGGAGGGCGGCGGGCGGCUACGCGGCCUGGGCGGAGCCCACCCCGCCCUGGCCCUAGCGGUUGCCCUGCCCCCGCCAGCCCGAGGCUACCCGGGCCCGCGCCGCCCUUCUCUUUCUACGACAGCUGCCGUGGGAGCCCUGUAAGCCGUGCCGCGCGUCCUGCCCGUCUGUCCCCGCAGGUAGUCGCCCGCCACAGCCGCGCCAUGACCACCCAGCAGAUCGUCCUCCAGGGCCCGGGGCCGUGGGGCUUCCGCCUCGUGGGCGGCAAGGACUUCGAGCAGCCUCUCGCCAUUUCCCGGGUCACUCCUGGAAGCAAGGCGGCUCUAGCUGAUUUAUGUAUCGGAGAUGUAAUCACAGCCAUUGAUGGGGAAAAUACCAGCAAUAUGACGCACUUGGAAGCUCAGAACAGAAUCAAAGGCUGCACAGACAACAUGACGCUCACUGUCGCCAGAUCUGAACAUAAAGUCUGGUCUCCUCUGGUGACGGAGGAGGGGGGGAAGCGUCAUCCAUACAAGAUGAAUUUAGCCUCUGAACCCCAGGAGGUCCUGCACAUAGGAAGCGCCCACAACCGAAGUGCCAUGCCCUUUACCGCCUCGCCUGCCUCCAGCACUACCGCCAGGGUCAUCACAAACCAGUACAACAACCCAGCUGGCCUGUACUCUUCUGAAAAUAUCUCCAACUUCAACAGUGCCCUGGAGUCAAAGACUGCUGCCAGCGGGGUGGAAGCGAACAGCAGACCCUUAGACCAUGCUCAGCCUCCAAGCAGCCUUGUCAUCGACAAAGAAUCUGAAGUUUACAAGAUGCUUCAGGAGAAACAGGAGUUGAAUGAGCCCCCGAAACAGUCCACGUCUUUCUUGGUUUUGCAGGAGAUCCUGGAGUCUGAAGAAAAAGGGGAUCCCAACAAGCCCUCAGGAUUCAGAAGUGUUAAAGCUCCUGUCACUAAAGUGGCUGCAUCGAUUGGAAAUGCUCAGAAGUUGCCUAUGUGUGACAAAUGUGGCACUGGGAUUGUCGGUGUGUUCGUGAAGCUGCGGGACCGUCACCGCCACCCUGAGUGUUACGUGUGCACUGACUGUGGCACCAACCUGAAACAGAAGGGCCAUUUCUUUGUGGAGGAUCAAAUCUACUGUGAGAAGCAUGCCCGGGAGCGAGUCACACCACCUGAGGGCUAUGAAGUGGUCACCGUGUUCCCCAAGUGACCCAGCAGAUCCGACCACUGUUCUCCAGCCGGCCUCUGCUGCAGCUUUUUCUCUCAGUGUUCUGGCCCUUGCCUCUCUUGAAAGUUCUCUGCUUACUUUGGGUUUCUCUCUGCUUGUAAAACAUUGAGUCCCCUCCCUGCCUUGGUUAAUUGACUCACACCAGCUGUGCGAUGCCUGCUUUUACAAUGAAAGGAAAACUGUUUUGUUCAGUGUCCCCUUGUCAGCAACACCAUGUCCCUUCCUCCCCUCUGUUCUUCUCUGCUGCAUUUGGACAUCAGCCAAAUUGGAACCCAAUCAAAUAUAAUGUGUCUGACGUUGAUUUUGUUUUUACUCAAUAAAUUUAUAGACGCCAAAGCA